UGUUUUCCGAGUCUAACCACCUCACUUACCCCUUUGAGUUCUCUCUUUCUCUCAAGUUACUUACACAUCAAAAUAUAAACACAAACAAGAAAUGGGAAGGCAACCAUGUUGUGAUAAAGUAGGUCUGAAGCAAGGGCCAUGGACUGCUGAUGAAGACAAGAAGCUUAUUAACUUCAUCCUCACCAAUGGCCAAUGUUGCUGGCGAGCCGUCCCUAAACUUGCAGGACUACUAAGAUGCGGAAAAAGUUGUAGGUUGAGAUGGACAAAUUAUCUACGACCAGAUUUAAAAAGGGGAUUAUUAUCAGAAUAUGAGGAGAAGAUGGUUAUUGAUCUUCAUGCUCAGCUUGGUAAUAGGUGGUCAAAGAUUGCAUCUAAUCUUCCUGGACGAACAGAUAACGAAAUCAAGAAUCACUGGAACACCCAUAUAAAGAAAAAACUCAAAAAAAUGGGGAUCGAUCCUCUCACCCAUAAACCGCUCCCUCUUCCUACUCCUCCCGCGCCAACCGACCAACAAUCGUCACCACAACCAGUCGACGAAGCACCACAAAUGGUAGAAACUGUAUUUCCUGAACCGAUGAUCAUCGAGUUAGCUAAGGAUGAACAUGAAGUAAACAAAAGAAUUGUAGAAGGGUCUCAAGUGGAUGAAUUUUGCAUGGAUGAAAUUCCUUUAAUAGAACCUCAUGAGAUCCUACUUUUUACUGAGAGUAACAAUUUACCACCUUUAUCCUCUUCAUCUUCAUCAUCUUCGACAUCGUCAAAUCACGACAUUUCAGCUUGCAACCAGAAUGUCGUACAUGAUGAACUAGAUCAGCCUUUGCCAAGUAUUGAUCAAUGGUGUUCCAACAACUUUGAUGCAGGAUUCUUGGGUAAUGAUGCUGCUGCUGAUGAUGAGUUCCUCACCAAUUUGAACAUGUUGAUCAAUGAUGAGUUUGAAAUUGACACGACAAUUGAAAGUGAUGCUACUUUUGCACCAGAUCUCACCCACUACUCAAAAAUGCUCAUGAAUGAUGACGCAUGGGAAUUCGAACAACUUUUGUGAAUGUUAUCCCUUUUUUACCAAUCUUUUAGGAAACAGAUAAAUAAGAUAAAUAAAUAACAAGGUGAUGGUGAUGACAUCCUUAUUAUUUGUUA